GGGUCGGCGGCGGGACAGGCGGGCAUCCGGUCCGGCGAGGCGCUCCCUCACUCAGUCCCCGCCCCCCACGAGGCGCUCCCUCACCAUGAGCCGCUGACGGAAGCAGCCACGAUGCCGGUGCCCGACCUCCUCUCCGCCCUCGGGGACAACCCGUACUUCGGCGCGGGCUUCGGCCUACUGGGGGUGGGCUCGGCGCUGGCGCUGGCCCGGAAGGGCGCACAGUUCGGCAUGAUGGCCUUUCGGCGCCACUGCAUGAUCACCCUGGAGGUGACGAGCCGGGACAAGAGCUACCACUGGCUCCUCUACUGGAUCACACAGCGGGCCCGGCGGGCCCAACACCUCAGUGUAGACACCUCCUACCACCAGCAUGAGAGCGGCAAGAUCAACACCACCUUCAACUUCAUCCCCAGCCCAGGGAACCACUAUGUCUGGUACAACAACAAGUGGCUGCGUGUGGAGAGGAACCGGGAGAAGCAGAUGAUCGACUUGCACACGGGAACGCCCUGGGAAACGGUCAUCCUGACGACACUGGGCACCGACCGACACCUCUUCCACCAGAUCCUCACCGAAGCCCGGGCGUUGGCCCUGAAGCAGCAGGAGGGUAAGACAGUGAUGUACGCGGCCGUGGGCUCCGAGUGGCGCCUCUUUGGUUUCCCGCGCAGACGGCGGCCGCUCCGCUCGGUCGUGCUGGACGGAGGCGUCGCCGAGAAGAUCGUCCAAGACGUCAAGGACUUCAUCGGCAACCCCAAGUGGUACACGGACCGAGGGAUUCCUUAUCGUCGUGGCUACCUCCUGUACGGACCACCCGGUUGCGGGAAGAGCAGUUUUAUCACGGCGCUGGCUGGAGAGCUGGAGUACAGCAUCUGCCUGCUGAGCCUGAGUGACCGCGGCCUGACCGAUGACCGACUCAACCACCUGCUGACCGUCGCCCCCCAGCAGAGCAUCGUCUUACUGGAGGACGUGGACGCUGCCUUCACCAGCCGGGACCCCCACCCUGACCAUGAGGCGAUGUACCAGGGGCUGGGCCGGCUGACCUUCAGCGGGCUGCUCAACGCUCUGGAUGGAGUGGCCUCCACCGAGGCUCGACUGGUGUUCAUGACCACCAACUACCUGGACAGAUUGGACGCGGCUCUGAUCCGUCCCGGCCGGGUGGACUACAAGCAGUUUGUCGGCCACUGCUCCCACUGGCAGCUGUGCCAGAUGUUCCAGAGGUUCUACCCGGAGCAGCCAGCCACCGCGGCCCAGCGGUUUGCCGACGCAGCCCUGGCGGUCAGCGGGCAGCUGAGUGCCGCCCAGGCACAAGGACACUUCCUGCUCUACAAGAUGGAGCCCGUUAAAGCCAUCGACAACAUCCAGCAGAUCACAGAGUAAGAUCUAAACGUCAAGGACUGCACGAUACAGUUCUCCCACCCAUUACCCAGCACCCUCGGUCCCAGAGCCUUGCCCAAUUAUCCGUUUUACAGCAUUUGUCCAUUUUACCAAAUUGUCCGUUUUACCGGAUUAUAGAUAAUAGACAAUAGGUGCAGGAGUAGGCCAUUCGGCCCUUCGAAAGUACAAACUCCGUACAGACAGCACCUGUAGUCAGGAUCGAACCCGGGUCUCUGGCGCUGUAAGGCAGCGUGACGGGAGGUUCAGCAGUGAUAGCAGCAGAAUCAGGCCACUCGGCCCAUCAACUCUACUCCGCCAUUCAAUCAUGGCUGAUCUAUCUCUCCCUCCUAACACCAUUCUCCUGCCUUCUUCCCAUAACCCCUGACACCCGUACUAAUCAAGAAUCUGUCUAUCUCUGCCUUUAAAAUAUCCACUGACUCCCACAGAUGGACAAUAGACAAUAGGUGCAGGAGCAGGCCAUUCGGCCCUUCGAGCCAGCACCGCCACUCAAUGUGAUCAUGGCUGAUCAACCCCAAUCAGUACCCCGUUCCUGCCUUCUCCCCAUAUCCCCUGGCUCCGCUAUCUUUAAGAGCCCUAUCUAGCUCUCUCUUGAAAGUAUCCAGAGACCCGGCCUCCACCGCCCUCUGAGGCAGAGAAUUCCACAGACUCACCACUCUCUGUGAGAAAAAGUUAUUUUACUGGACCAACAGGAUUACGGGAACAGCAUUUAGUCGGCAGAGUAGUGUUGAUGCCUCACAGCGGCAGAAACCCUGACUACGGGCGCUGUCUGUACGGAGUUUGCACGUUCUCCCCGUGACCCGCGUGGGUUUUCUCCGGGUGCUCCGGUUUCCUCCCACACUCCAAAGACGUGCAGGUUUGUAGGUUAAUCGGCUUGGUGUAAAUGUAAAUUGUCCCCAGUGUGUGUAGGAUAGUGUUAGUGUGGGGGAUCGCUGGUCGGCACGGACUCGGUGGACCGAAGGGCCUGUUUCCGCGCUGAAUCUCUAAAACUGAAACUAUGCCAUCUGAGGUCACGGCCUCAGAGAGUCCAUCGUUACCGGAACGUUCCGCCCAGGCCGGGGGGGGGGGUGUGUUCAAAUUUUGUCCAGACCAACGGUUGCUGGAAUAUCGAUGGAUUUCCUGUAUUUAUAAUAAAACCUCUCAGGCAUUUCAUAAGAACUU